AAAGAAACCUAUAAAUGUGAUCAUGUCUUGAAUCACUGCAAAUCGAAUGUCGUUGAUGAAGUCAAGAAACUUACGCAGGACCGAGGUGCUGAUAUCGUCUAUGACGCCACAUAUUUGUCGUCAAGCUUCGAGAAAUCUAUUCAAUGUACAGCUGAAAAUGGUGGUACUUGGAUUGUCUUGGGUGAUUUUGCUCGUCAAGGUAGUGUCGAAGCAGAAGCAGUUAAAAAACGGCACGCUAAAUUAAUUCAUGCUGGUCUUUCUAAAUAUACAUUUAACCCGGAAUAUGAAUCAAAAGCAAAAGAUUUCUUUCAACAAGGAUUGAAAAAAGCAGCUGAUUGGAUUGUUAGUGGACAGUUGAAACCGCAUAUUAGCGAAAUAGUUCAACUUGAAGAAGUACCACAGGCAUUAGAAAAAUUGAAAAAAAGACAAACAGGCCCUGGAAAGAUGGUAGCUAAAAUACAUUAA